AUGGUCAAGGUUCAACCUCCGUCGGCCUCCAUUCUCUCUUUGGGCAGUUUGUUAUCAGCUAAAGUAAAGUUCUUUCUAAGUGAAAGUAAAUUGCAUGUGUGGCGUUGCGGCAAAGCAUAUCCACCCGGAUCAUUGGUAACUGUUGUAACAUUAUUUUUGGUGGAAAGCAUAUCCACCCGGAUCAUUGUGGGAGAAGAGGAAUUCAGAGCUUUAGAAGAUGCGUCCUUCGUCAAGACAUCUGGAAGUGGUUUCGUGAUUGUUCAUGAUAUAGUUCGAGCAAGAGGUGGAAAGAUGUCAGACCAAGAGGGAAACAGAAUCACGGAGCCUGAGACAUUAUCAGAAUGUUUGAAAAAUGAAGAGAAACUAAAAAAAUUGAAAGGGGUCCUUUUCAAUGAAGAAUAUGGGCAGCCUCCCAUCGAAAUUACUGAAACUCAUCUAAAUUGUAUGAGCGAUUCGUUGAAGUUACUGGCUUUUAAAGGAUCUCAAAUAAUAUUCAGGCAAAAAUGUCAUAAACCAUUUAAACAGCUCAGAUACCUCGGAAUUCCAAGUGACGUUACUGAUUUACCAAUGGAGUUUGCGAAACUUGGGCGUCUCACAAAAUACAGAGGCCCAUUGACACAAGGCAUGAGUAUGUAUGAGCUUCCUCCAAGCCUGUGCAGCAUGCACAUUAUAGGUUCUUAUGAGAAUGAAGUUGCAUAUUCUAAAGCUCCUCCCAGAGCCGCUCCAGCUUCUUCACUUGUGAAAUUGUUCCUUUAUGACAUGCAAAGGUUACCACAUGGAUUAGAGAAGUUAACAAAAUUACAGAAAUUAUAUUUAGUGCAAUGCAAGCAAUUGAGGGAAAUUCCUUCUACGUUGCUAAAUUUCAACAAUUUACAAGUGUUGCGUAUAAGUGAAUGCCAUGAAUUGAGAGAAUUGCCUUCGGACUUUGGGCAACAAGGCAAUUUGAUAUCAUUGGAUUUAAGCGGAUGCUCUAAAUUAGGUGUAUUGCCUUCCAGCUUUGAGGAUCUCAUUUCCUUAAAAAAGUUGAAAUUGAAACGUUGUUCAAGUUUGCAAAGUUUGCCUUCAAACUUUGGGCAGCUCAAAAUUUUGGAAGAGUUAAAUUUAGGUUGCUGUUCUAAGUUAGAGGAAUGGCCAACAAGCUUUGGAGAUCUCCAAAAGAUGAAGAAAUUAGUUUUGGUAGGCUGUUCUUCAAAAUUAAAAGAGACUGUACCUCAUAAUAUUAGACAAAAUUGUUCUAUCAUUUUUGAUUAA